AUGGUACGCCGUAUCGCGUCGCAGGUGCACAAGCAAGUGUCGCGUCUGAUGCGCGUCAACUACAUCAAGGACGAGCCUGUCUGGUACCAGGCUGUCCUCCAGUUCCCCCCUCUCCCCCUCCCCCCAAAGUCACCGCCAUUCCGUCAGGACGGUGCCCGUCAUUCCAAACUCGUGCCUCCAAAACACAAGCCCGUCAACAUCGCUUAUCUGGAGGACGAGGUUCGGCGGCAGUUCUUUCGUGACCACCCCUUUGAGGCGUUCAGACCAGUGUCAAUCGUAGAGGGUGGCGUCGUCACGGAAGAACACCCGGUUCAGGGCAAGGAUUGGAUACGACUGAGCCAGCGGGGCAGGUGUCCUUCUCCGGAAGACGCGGUGCGGUUCGCAGUCAACCUCCACAAACAUCACAAAGUGUCGUUGACUGUCGCAUAUACUCGGGCCGUCGCGGAGUUCCGUGCCCUCCGAGCGGAGCACGAUAUUGCCAGCUCCUUUUCUCGGAUGGAAGCUGAGGCCUAUGGCGCGGUUUUCCCCUCAGAAGUCGACAGGACGUUCCAGAAGGAAGAUAUGGUUUAUAAGGCCCCAGAACGCAAACGAGCCCUCGAUGAGGGUGCUCUUCUCGCUCGCAAACGCUGGAGAGCCAUCCUCAGCAUUGACAGCGGCAUGGGCAACACCUGGAGUAGGGGUCACGAAUAUGCCAAACUACAAGAUCAGGGCAUACGCCCGAGGCACACAUACCUUGACAAGUUAUCGAAUCCAUCGUCGCUACAACAGGAAAUCGCAUCACCAGCAACAGAUUCACAAUCUGCUAACCCAGAUUUUUUGCGAAUAUUAUAG